AGCAUAUGGGAACACAGUUGUUUGUUGCUGUUCUCUAUUAUCCAGCUCUCUUAGUAAUAUCUGAAGCUCUCUGUUAACUUUGAUCUCAUAUUUUUAGUUUUAUUAAUAUAACAUUUAUGUAUGCUGUUAGUUAUAAUUAGGUUUCUUCAAGUUUUGUUAAUUUACUAUUUUCCCCUGAUGAUUGUACAAACUCAAAUGAAGUGCCACCAAAGUUUACCCUGAAGUGCCACCCAAUUUUACCCUGAAGUGCCACCCAAUUUUACCCUGAAGUGCCACCCAAUUUUACCCUGAAGUGCCACCCAAUUUUACCCAGAAGUGCCAUCCAAGUUUACCCCAAAGUGCCACCCAAGCUCCAAUAACAUUCCACCUUCUGCUGAGUUAUCUAACCCGGGAACUACAGGAUGUUGGAUCCAAAUGACAAGACUCCCAUUGCCAACAAGGCCCAGGAGACCUCAGGCCAUAACCCUGAAGACACAUCCACUCGUGCUGCUGACGAAGACGAAGAAAAUUCUGACUGCUUAAGCACAACUACCUCAACAUCCGCCCUCACCGCCCUCAGCAUCUCACAGUCCAACAUCCCAGGGCACUCGGGCCUCUCCCUACUACCCUCUUCUUACAGCACAGAUCCUUCUGGGGACCCUACAGAGCACGUCCCAACUCCAGUGGUUCCGAAUCCUAGCGGGGUGUAUGAUAACCCUGCUGCAGAUCUCGCCGAAACUCCUCCUUCUGUGACCAAGUUGCCCAAGUCUGAUUCUGCUCCUCAGAGUCCGAGCAAGAGUACGGGUAAUCUAGGAGACGUUCGCCCAAUGCAAGCGUCAAAUACGGCGCUUUUUGGUACCUCUAUAGCUUCCACUUCGGUGUCACAUUCUUCACCCAACAAAUCUAGCUUUCCAUCAUCUAACUCCUGCUUGAUGUCACAAAAAUUUUCCGCUUCCGGGAAUAAUUCCGAUUUUAACCCGAUAUUGUCUUCCUCUGGACCAACCAAUGCACUUGUUGGAGCUUCUAAUAAUAUUGGUCCUUCUGAUGUUCAUAACAGCGACAAUAAUGGCAAUACCAACUACACUGAAUCGGGUGUAUCGGGUUCUAUGUCCCUCAACGCUCUUCCUUCCUCUCUAAAUUGCCUAGAUACAGCACCCAGCAGUUUAAAUGUAAACAUAUCUAACAUCCCUUGUAGUACAGGCGGUUCAGGUUCUUCCACAGCCUUCCCUACUACUGGGAUCACCCAAAACCCUGCCAGUACUAGCAUAAGUACUAACACCACCGCCUCUUAUGUUCCUACCAAUUCUCACACUAACAACGGUCCGUGCUGUGGUACUAACGGCGGCCCCUCGAACGGUGUCAGCACAACAAGUCACAGCCGCUGCAGCAGUUGGGUGUCCGGUGGCCAAACGGUUGGUCACAGCAGAGGUGCCAGCACAGAGGGGUCGACCAUCGACGCCUUCACCACAAGUGCCACGGACAGCAGACGCGGCACCUACAGCGAGGCUGGCACCUUGCCCAUUGGGUCUUUUCCUGAAGGCAGUCUUGGAGGCACCAUCAUCGAAGAGGAGCAUCCUCUGGACAGGCUAAGCGAGAAGAAACUCUCGAGUGAAGAGUCUUCCGCUGCUGGUCGCGACAAUACAGCAAGUGGUGGUAAGAGCAAAAUUCUUCGUGGACUGUGCAGCCUCGGCUCGUGUUUAAAGGAGUGCCGCUGCUGCAGACCAGUCAUGCAGAAGCACAACCCACUGCCCACCACCCCCACCAAGGGCGACCGCUUCAAAUAUGCCUUCACCUGCCCUCCGCACGGCAAGGCUUGCGGGUUACCUCCUCUGCUCGGGAUGCUGCUGUCGGGGAUAGCGCUGAGGAGCUUCCCGGGGAUCAGGAUCAUUGGGGAGAGUCUCAAUCCCAACUGGUCCGCCUCCAUCAGGAACGUAGCGCUGGUGGUGAUCCUGCUUCGGGCCGGUCUGGGCCUGGACCCUAAAGCACUCAAGGCCAUGUCGCUCGUGGUCUUCAGACUCGCCUGUGUGCCCUGCCUCGUCGAGACCACGGUCGUCGCUGUCGUCUCGCACUUCCUCCUCGGCUUCCCUUGGCUUUGGGGCUUCAUGCUUGGGUUUAUUUUAGCGGCGGUGUCGCCGGCGGUGGUGGUGCCGUGCCUGCUGCAGUUGUCGCAGCAGGGCUACGGCGUCGACAAGGGCAUCCCCACCCUCGUCAUCGCUGCCGCCAGCAUCGACGAUGUUAUCGCCAUCUCAGGCUUUGGCGUGAUGCUCGGCAUGACUUUCUCUGAAGGAUCGCUGGCGUGGCAAAUUCUGCAUGGGCCUCUCGAAGUGUUGAUAGGCUUGUCCUACGGGGCCGUGAUGGGCUUCAUCUGCUGGAUCCUGCCUAACAAACACCACCAGAGCUGCUCGUUGCUUCAGUUCGCGAUGCUUUUCACAGCCGGGCUCUUGGCUCUCUUCGGCAGUCAGAGGAUCGAAUUCGGCGGCGCUGGAGCGCUGGCGGUGCUAAGCAUGGCGUUCAUUGCGGGCGUGGGGUUCAGGCGGCAGGGCUGGGGCGAUGACGACAACCCCGUGGGGCAGCACUGCAACGUCGCCUGGGGCUACCUCCAGCCCAUGCUGUUUGCCCUCAUCGGCACGGAGAUACAAAUUCUGAGUCUGGAGCUGGACACCAUAGGGCUGGGGGUGGCGACGCUGUGCAUCAGCCUGACGUGUCGCGUGGUGACGACCUUCUUCGUGGUGCUCGGCAGCGGCCUGAACAUCAGGGAGCGAUUCUUCGUCGCCCUCGCCUGGCUACCAAAAGCUACUGUCCAGGCUGCGAUCGGCUCAACAGCGUUGGACUACGCCGUGCGAAUCGGGGCUGGUGAACCUGAGAUCGCUCUUGCCAAGCAGGUGCUGACCAUCGCUGUGCUGGUGAUCUUGAUCACGGCGCCCAUCGGGGCCAUCGCCAUCAUGACCUCCGCCCCCAGACUCCUGCAGCGUGCUCGUCAACCAGCACCCUCUGACACCGUCUAAUCCAUCACCUCUUAGUAACAUCCUAUUUCCAGAUCGCAAAGAUUGAUUGACGAUAAAUCUUCUACCUUAACAACAACUAAUUUCAAUAGUAAUUCUUUUUUUUACUGUGUUUCGGUUGAUACUUUUCAUCUUAGGUAUUGUCAUUGCACGGAUUUUUAUUCGAGCUUUUAAUUUUUAUGGGACGACUUUUGUAUGGUGAUUUACAUUGCGUUAUGCGCCGUUUUAAAUCUCAUUACGUUCUGGCCCCGUGUUCUUACCGACGGGCAGAAACGAUGUAAAUCUUAUAGCAUUUUUUUAAUGUUCAAAUUAUGAUUGUCCUAAUUUUUGAGUGUCUCCAAAACUAGAAUCUUCUGCUCCAGGCAGCAGUGAGUUCCUUAUUGAAAACUAUCCGAUUUUAUUCUGAGCUACGUUGGUUUCCACUUCAUUGAUGUUCUCUAUUUUGCUAUGAACGUUUUCUAACUGUCACUUGUAACGAGUAGUGUGUUCUCUAGUAACUCUCGGGUUGUGUUAUCAGUAUUACUGAUACGAGCCUUCAAAACAAAUAUGAAGGCUAUUUUUAAUAUACGUCGGCAAAGAUUGCCGCAUUGCGGAUUCUCUACGCUAUUUCUCAAGCAGAUGAUGCCCUGGAUUUUUGUACCACAUUUAAAACAAGUAUUUAAGUACGGCAUUAAUUUGAUAUUUAGUUAGCCAGAGAUGUUCAAGCGUCAUCGCACUUGAUUUCAAAUCAAUAAAGUUUUCCCCUGACUAUCUUAGUUUGCUUUAAGAGUUUAGCUUCGUUGAAUUAUCUUAAGUGAGGAUAAUCUGAAACUUGUUUGAUAUUACAUAUGCACUUAUCGAUCUUAUAUUGUGGAUAUAUUUGAAUUUAACCUGUGAUAUGUUUUUUUCGUUGACCGGGAUACCUAUUUAUUUAUUCUGGUAGGUCUGCGUUUUGUAUAUUUGUUCGAGCCUGUUUAUCUCAUUCAUUAAUGGAGUAGCCUUGCUCAGGGAGUGAAGAAAAUGAAUGUUCAUUAACAUGUGUCCAUGUAAUUAUCACGUCUAUGGAUAGUGUGACGCUGAAUCUAUUGAUUAUAUUUAGCUAAAUUUUUCAUCGUAAGCUUCAUUUCGUCCGCUGAAAGCUCAUUUCGUGAACUUAUGGAAUUGUUUUUUAGUGUAAAUUGUAUGAAUGUAUAGAGAUGAACUUAAAAAAGCGUAUAAUAUAUAAUAAUCACUAUUUCAGGAACUACGGUACUUAAAUAGCUUCACAUGGAAGAAUGGUGGGACGUGUCGUGUCUUGAUCUUUUUCAUUCUUAAAUUUCACUUUAGAUGUUUUUGUCCCUGUGAAAUUUUAAUAGAUUUCGUUUAUUUUCUACUAAUAUUCAACCACUGAACUUUACAAACAAACAAAUUGGGCAGUUAUGACGAGCUUGGCUCGAUAUUAUUAUUUAUAAGGGGCAAUAUUAUUUAGGUAUCUCAUGGUGCCAGUAUGAAAGGUUCUCCCAUUCGAGCGCUGCUCAUGGGCCCUAUUUUACGCUGUGCAUGUCAGUAGACGCAUUUGCUGCGUCUCUUAGCGACUCGGAGUUUGUCAUGUCCACUGAAUUUCCGGCCAAAUUUGUCUACUUUUUCCUCGUGCCUGUUUCUACUUUUGGUUGUACCAGAUGCGUAUGGUUGUGUUUGGUUGUGCUUAGUACCCAUACCUAAUUACGCUUACUGCUCAUAUUUAAUUAGGCUUACUUCUAAUACUUAGUUUUGCUUACGGGCUCGUACUAAGUUUCGCUUUAUGGGCUUUAACGUGUAUGUAUGUUUAGUUACGCCCAGUGCCUGAACUUAGUUCCGCUUAGUGCCUGCGUACUUGGAUUUUCCUAGUGCAAUUACCUUAGUGAUCAUUAAUAGUUUUGUUAUUUGCUUAUGCUUAGU